AUGGCAUCGAGCAACAGCAGAACCAGCAGUGUUAGUUGUACAGAUAGUGGUAUCAGUUGUAAUACUACUGCUACAACAGUUAAUCCACGUUAUGAGUGUUACUGGACGAAUAAUUGUUGCGGGCGACAUGAAUUAAAUGAUUGCUUAGUACGACUGCGUGAAUUACGAGGCAAAUUGGGUAUCUAUUACAGUUCAAAUGCAAUGUUCAAACGUUUUACUCGUGAUCAAAUGAACAAUCUAUCCUUAGAAUCGAAUCCAACUGGAUGUACAAUGGUUCAUUUGUUAAUUUAUAAAAAGGAAAAUAAUGAAACUUGGCUACUAUUUGUUACUAAAUUAGUUAGAGAAAAACACCAAGAAAAUGAAAUUGGAACAAGUCGACAGUUAUUAUUAACGUUUCCAUCAUCAAAUCCAUGUAAGAAGAAUGAAUUUCAAAAAGAUGUAGCUGCAAGAGCAUUAAACAGUAUUACAAAUGAAAGUGAAAUAACAAAAAAUCUUCGACCACGUCUCAAACGUUUCUUAUUUGUUGAUGCUAAUGCCAUCUACCCAUUAUAUUUAAGCAAUGAACAUGCAGAUCUCUUAACAACUCGUUUUUCUUCAAGUGAAGAAGUUAUUUCUCUUCAUUGGUAUCCUCUAUCUACUGUUUUGAGUCAAUUGCCCGAAUGGGAUGAUUAUUUGAGUAGACCAGCCGCAGGAGGGGAAUUAGCACAAGUGCGACAUCCUGGUCAUGCUGGAAUUAAAUUGAAUACAGAAAAUGACGAACAUACAAUGUGGUCAGUAAUUGCAACUUGUCUGAUGUGUAUAAGAAAUCAUGUGGGACUUGAUACUUUUCUCCAACCAUAA